AUGUUAGCCGGCAUACCUACUAGGCAGAGGUUGUUCUGCCAGUUGGAGGAAAUCGACGUACUUUUGAAGGAACUACUUGAGAAAAUUAAUAGGAAAGUGAGAUUUGAUGAUAUCGAGCACAUAGUUUUAUCGCUGCUGGAAAAAGACAAAGGAAUAAAGGAGACCAUGAAGACUGUGUCGGAACAAAUGGAACUUCAAAAGAAGAUAGAAAAGCUUCGAGCUGACUGCAGCAAUUCUGAUUUGCAGAUAAAUGCUUGUCAGAAGCAACUGAAGAAGUGUGAAUUACUUCUAAGUACUGCUUUAUAUUAUUCAAGACAAAAGUUGGAUGCUAUGGUUAAGGCAGUAAAGAAUCCGACAGAUGUGGACGACCUCGUUAGGCUUGCACACAGGAUUAGCUGCAGCUACGGUGUUCUGGCUCCCGAUAACUGGGGUCCAGGUGACCCUAGGCGUCCUUAUCCAAACAAGGAAGAGAUUCGUCGCGGAUAUCUGGGUCACCUGGAUGACUCCGGGAAUUUUUUGCCUACUCUCCAAGAUGCUAUUGCUCAGUUUCAUUCUAGUGUCCCCACAACUUUAGCUUCUGUCCUAGCUACUCCAGCUGCAGCCGAGAUAACACCGACGCAGUCCAUCUUGAGUUUGUCUAAUCAAUUCCUCAAUUCCACUUCCGCUUCUUCUGAAAGCGUCGAAAAUGCUUGCAACGUGAGUGUAUCAGGGGUGAAUGUAGUCCCAUCUCCGAGCGGAACGGCGCCCCCUACUGGUAGUGGUAAUCAUUGGUUAGAUCAGCAACAACAACUCCGUCAUCUUCCCUCCUCUUCCCUAACCGCCAUUCUCCCGAGUGGUAGUGGCGUUAACGCAGGCAUUAGGCCUCCUCGAAGCGGCCUCCAGGAGAGCCCUAGUUCCCGGGCAAUAUGGCAGCAGCAUAUGCGGCAGGGUCUGCUGGGAGCACACUCUAGCAAUCCACCACAGACAAAAAAGCGGCCGCAUAUCGAGGAUCCCAAAAUGUACUCUGAUACCUCUUCAGACGAUGAUGGCCGGUUCAGUGAUUUUACUCACCACGCCCUCUGA